AUGUCUAUGCAGGCUCUGUGUCGUCAAGCUGCGCGGGCGCGCUUGGCCUCGUCAAGGGUGCUCUGUCGUCGACACGCCUCUACCCCCGCGGCUUUCAAAUGGGAGGAUCCCCUGAACUUGUCCAAUUUUCUGACCGAGGAGGAGCAGGCCAUUCAGGACACAGCAUACUCGUAUUGUCAAGAAAGACUAUUACCUAGGGUCUUGGAAGCGUAUCGGAAGGAGGACUACGACAAAGCUAUUCUGCAAGAGAUGGGAGAGCUGGGCUUGCUCGGAGCCACCAUCAAAGGGUAUGGCUGCGCCGGAGUUUCCAGUGUUGCUUCCGGUCUCAUCACGAGGGAGGUGGAAAGAGUUGACUCUGGAUAUCGAUCAGGGAUGUCUGUCCAGUCCUCCCUUGUUAUGGGACCGAUAGAUGAGUUCGGGACGCAAGAGCAAAAGGACAAAUACCUGGAAAAACUAGGGAACGGCAAGUUGAUCGGCUGUUUUGGAUUGACGGAACCCAAUCAUGGCUCAGACCCUGGUUCGAUGGAGACGGCUGCGAAACCGCAUCCUUCCAAAGAGGGAUACUACAGUUUAUCGGGAUCAAAGACAUGGAUCACAAACUCUCCGAUAGCGGAUGUACUCCUCGUCUGGGCGAAGCUUCAAGAGACUGGGAAGAUUCGAGGAUUUCUCGUUGAACGCGAAAAGUGCCCUCCUGGUACCCUCGAAACACCACAACUGAAGGACAAAAAUGGACUCCGAGCAUCGAUAACUGGAAUGAUUCAGCUUGAUGAAUGUCCUGUGCCGAAAGAGAACAUGUUUCCCGAUAUUGAAGGUUUGAAGGGUCCCUUUUCAUGUCUCAAUUCGGCACGGUUUGGUAUCGCCUGGGGUACCAUGGGUGCUCUCGAAGAUUGCCUAGCACGAGCCCGUGAAUAUGCCUUGGAACGAAAGCAGUUCAAGAACAAUCCCAUUGCCAAGUAUCAACUCGUGCAGAAGAAACUGGCCGAUGCCGCAACAGACGUGGCAUAUGGGCUUGCUGCAGCGUACCAGGUCGGCAGGCUGAAGGACGAAGGCAAAGCUACACCUGAAAUGAUCUCCAUGAUCAAAAGGCAGAACUGCGACAGAGCUUUGGUCAACGCUCGACACCUCCAGGAAAUUUUCGGUGGAAACGCUGUCAGUGAUGAAUUCCACAUUGGACGGCAUGUAUCGAACCUGUUCGUUACGCAGACAUACGAAGGGCAGAGCGAUAUCCAUGCACUGAUUUUGGGACGGGCAAUCACCGGUAUCCAGGCGUUUGUGUAG